AUGAUACAUGGGCCAUGUGGAAACUUAAAUCCAAAAUGUCCGUGCAUGAAAGAUGGAAAAUGUAAAUAUAAAUAUCCUCGGCCAUUAUUAAACGAAACAAGAACCAAUACUAAUGGAUAUCCUUUAUAUCGAAGAAGAUCUACAACAAAUGGAGGAUUCACCACCAAAAUAAAUAUGAAAAUUUAUAACAAAUAUGAAUCAAUUGUAGUAAAUAAUACAUGGGUCGUUCCGUACUGUCCAAUUCUUUCGAAAAUCAUGAAAGCUCAUUUAAAUGUUGAAUUAUGUAGUUCCGUAUCAGCGGUUAAAUAUAUAUUGAAAUAUAUACACAAAGGUAGUAAUCAAGCAAUGUUUGCAAUACAAAAUGAAGACGAAAUUGAAAAUUAUCAAAAUGGAAGAUAUGUAAGUAGUAAUGAAGCAAUUUGGAGAAUUUUAGGUUUUCAAAUACAUGAUCGAUAUCCAACUGUAAUACAUCUUUCGGUGCACUUGGAAAAUGGUCAACGUAUAUUAUACCAGUGA